GAAGAAACCCUAGGCGGCUGCUGCAAAGCCUCGACCUCCUCCAGGGUUCACCCCGCCCACCCUCGACCCCUCUCGCCGCCGGCCGUUAUCCGCCUUCGUAGCGACGCCCGUUUCACCGCAUAGUCGCCCUUUCUUUCGCGGCAUCCCCGACCCUUUUUCCGCUGCUCGUAAGGGUUUAUCUCCAUAGGCUUGCUCCGUCCCUCGGGUGGCUUGGGUUGGAUCCGAAGAGGAGCAAGAUGGUGGCCAUCAGAGUUCCCAGGAGCAUGCGCGCCAAGCGAGAGGUCCUCAAGCACGCGCCCAAGCUCGUUGAGAAUGGCAAGAAGAUGCUUAUCCUCCAUGGUACAAAGACUAGUGCAGUUUUGAACUCUGUGCUGGCAGAUAUUUUUCACUUGAAGCGUGAUCAUGCUGUCAAGUACACCAAGAAGAACGACAACAUAAGGCCAUUUGAGAGCGGUGGCGAAACUUCUCUGGAGUUCUUCUCCCUUAAAUCUGACUGCAGUCUUUUAGUGUAUGGUUCUCAUUCAAAGAAGAAGCCCAACAAUCUUGUUUUUGGAAGGACUUAUGAUCACCACAUAUAUGACCUUAUUGAAGUAGGUGUCGAGAACUACAAAUCCAUAGAAUCCUAUGCAUAUGAUAAGAAGCUGGCACCAAAACUUGGGACAAAGCCUUUCUUUGCUUUUAUUGGGGAGCACUUCGAGAGUGUUGAAAAGCUGAAGCAUUUGAAGGAAAUGCUGCUUGAUCAUUUCAAAGGAGAGGUGGUAGAGAAUCUGAACCUUGCUGGUGUAGGUCGGAUUUUUGUGUGCACAGCGAUUUCUCCUACUACUGUUUGCAUGAUGCACUGUGCCCUCCGUCUAAAAAGGUCAGGCACAUCUAUUCCUAGAAUGGAGCUGGUUGAGGUUGGGCCUUCAAUGGACCUGGUAGUAAAGCGGAACCAAUCUCCAGCUGAAAGUUUACGGAAAGAAGCUAUGAAUACUCCUGGUCAUGCUAAGAAGGUGAAAAAUGUCACGAAGGAUGUGCUUGAUGGCAAGACGGGCAGGAUCUAUAUUCCAGACCAGGAGGUUGCAAAGUUGGCGUUGACAAAUGACAUAAAGGGGCUGAAGCGUGAGCGCCGUGAUGCCAAGAAAAACAAAGAGCACUCAAAGAAGCAAAAGGUCAACCCUGAGUGAAAUAACACAGAGGGCUAUUCUCACUUACCCGUCAGUAAGGAUUUUUGGUGGACCUAAUCACAGCUGCUCUGUUAAGCCAACUGGAGGCCAACUUGCUGUUUGCUCGAGUUGUUAAGAAAACGGUACCAUCUUCUAGGCUAUAAAACUUUGUAGUUACUUCCACAUCAACAUUGAGCAGGCCCAGCUAUCCAACACAAGCAUAGAUUUUUUAGCAACUUAUGUUUCAAGUAUUUUAUUUGACAAUCGUCGGUCCUCAUAUGUGCCCGAUUGGUGAGUUUCA